AUGAUUGCAUAUUUAUGUGUCUCAUUUGCAGUGGAAUCGGCAUCUCUAAUGAAUCUUUGUCUCAAGGCAAUUGUCGACAAUUUUGAUUCUCUCGUCACAAAGUGCGAUGAUUGCGCUGAACCGAAGCUCACUUGGCGCCUUCCGUGCCCUGAUUAUGCAAUCCCCUCUCCCAUGGCCGAUAUGAUCCUCAAGAGGCUGAGUGAUCGCAGACUACUAAAACAAGAACACUUGGCCCUCUUUUCCAAGCAAUAUGUGGAUCUGCAAUCCCUAUCACUUCGCGAUUUCCCCUAUUCGCCAUCAUUGAUCCCCGUCCUUCACGGCAUCGACCUCAAUGAUUUCAUCAGCGCUUUCAGCGAACGAACCGUGGAGGCUCUUCACACACUCAAUGUGAGAGGUAUGUGCAUUGAGGAAGAAACAAAGUUGUGUGCCAUGGAUGCAUUGGGCCAAUUUCAAAAUUUGUCCCAUCUUGAUAUCAGUCGGACAAAUUUGGAUUCCCAAUGCCUCAAUGUUUUGGUGAAAUCAUUGAAGCGAUUGGCAUAUCUCGAUAUCUCGGAGACGGAGGUAGUCGACAUUACCUGUGGUGAACAGUCCCUCCGACAAAUGCUGUUGACGAUUUUGGAGCUAAAGGAACUCCGAACUCUAGAAAUAGCCAACUUUAAACAUCACUUCGACCAACUAAUAGAGCCAGGUGUGUUACCGCAUUUGAAGCAUUUGGAGAUGGGUGGCAAUCCACUUCGAUUUACACUCCGGGACAUAGAAUUGCUAAGAGGAGAGAAUGUGGUGAUGAUUUCGCUGACGAUGACAUUGAUGGUCUGCGUUCUUUUCUACACUCUCAGUUCCACUUGA